AGGACAGUACACAAGCAAAGGGAGAUGAUACUGUACAAUACACCUCUUCGUGCCGUAUGGUGAGCAUUAGUGGAACAUGCUGCGUUGGCUCAUUAACAGCAUAAUCGCCUGGACGCUCGUCAAAAGCGUCGGUGGACUUGGAUGGCAGAAUGAAGUGAAUGUGUCGAUGUGCAACUGGGCGCAAUUUCGAGCGAAUGUCAUCCGGGACACGAUUUAUCUGGACGGCGGAGAAUUGUGGUGGCAGGUCGGCCUCUCGGAUGGAAGCUACGCCUCGCCUCAAAAUGACGGAGGCAUCGAUGGGGUGGUGUAUACGCUCAAUCUGGGCCAGCCCUUCAACCGGUCGACCAAUGUCACAGGCUUGUUCAAGACAUUGUCCAGGACAGGCGUGUCAGCCAGCAACAAUAUUGCACCGAAUUAUGUUGACGGAGCCAUGUUUGCCAAUAACGAUGAGUGGAUUACCUUUGGAGGCCUCGUCGACGCGACAAACAGUUCAAGCGCCCCUCCAGCAAAUGCAAUCCUAGGCUACGAGGCAUACCAAUACGGUCCAGCGCGUCAAGCAUGGUCGGCUGGUUUCAUCACCAAAGACCUGCCCACGAAUAUUACACGCUAUGUCACGAACGGCGCCAGUGUCUCUGCCCCAAGUGAAAACAUGGGAUACUAUUUCAGCGGUAUGCGAGGAGCAGGCUGGCGACCCAUUGUCAACGAGGGCGGAUCUGUAGAAAAUCUGGCAAACACUCUAAUCUCAGUCAAUAUGUCAGUCAUGAGGCAAGAGACCUGGGCGAAUGAUACACUACCGCCUUUUGUCCCUGCACGGGCGAAUGCGGAACUUGCUUGGAUUCCAGCCGGCAACAACGGAGUACUUGUUGCAAUAGGGGGGGUCAUCAAUCCAGUCUCUUUAACGGCCGUUCAGGCAUUGAAUGCAUCACAAACGAAUGACAGUACUCAAAUAAGCCCGAAAUUCAUGGAGACGGUUUCUCUAUACGAUAUUGCCAACAAGAAAUGGUAUCAACAGAACACGACUGGCGAUAUACCGCCCCAGUUGACUCUGUUCUGCUCCGUGGUAGCACCUGCAAGAGAUCAGUCAUCAUUCAACAUAUACAUAUACGGUGGAUACGAUGGUAUUAACCAAAGCAGCAUCCCUUCAGACGAUGUCUACAUACUGUCAGUACCCCAAAUGGUAUGGACCCACGCCUAUAGUGGACAGAGUAAUCAUGGUAGAAGUGGACACAAAUGCUUCAUGGUAUACCCGGACCAAAUGAUGAUACUAGGAGGAAUCUACGCUGGCAACCCGGUCAUUUGUCUCCAAGGUGGCAUUGCAGAAGUCUUCAACUUAAACAACUUAAGAUUCCAGGACUCUUAUGACCCUAGAGUAUGGGCCGAAUAUAGAGUACCAGAUGUGGUCACGGCAAAGAUCGGUGGCAAUAUGAACGGAAGUGCAACGGUUCAGCCACCACCAACGAUCGGUGAUGUUUUUGCGACGGCCUACACGAAAACCAUCGCAACAUAUUAUCCCUAUGACUUGCACCCCACAAACUCAACCAAUACAUCCACUCCUUCCCCGGGACCGACAACGAUCACUGUCACAGGUGGAAGCGGGCUUCCAACUUGGGUAGGGCCUGUACUAGGUGUUGUACUUGGGUUGAUAGUUGUCGCAGUCGCCGUAAUUCUAUUCUUGAUUUGGCGGAGACGAAAGCCACGGAGGAGUACAAGAGCAAGCGAGACACAGGUUAGCACGAGUGGAAUAAGGGGGUUUGUACUACGAUGGCUCCACGGCACAGCUACGCAAGACGGUAAAAGUCAAGCAGAACUGGGUGCUGCAGAUAUUGACGGAGCUACCGUCGUGUCCUCGAAGAUUCAUGACCGCCAUGUUUCAGAAGCUGGAAGUAUGGCUUUGCAUGAAAUGGAGAGUAUCGGCACUCCUGUCUUCGAAAUGGGUUCCAACGAUCAAUCACCGCAUUGGAAUGAGACGCAAUGGACCCAGCCUGAAAGAUCUCCGCCACUCGUGUCUCCUAACAUUGACGAAAUGAUGUAUAGUAGUCAAUCACCAGCAAGGCCAAGUCACCAAAACGUCCGACACACUAGUAACUUCAGUAUCGGAUAUCGGAGUGACGAGUCAAAUAUCUCAGAAAUUGGCUCAUCGGAUCCAGGACGGCCACCACAAAAUAGGCAAGUGUCAGACAAUUCAGUCUCGGAUGCAGUUUCACUUUCUGUUUCUCAAGAGGGAAGUACUGUGGAAAACUCGAACAGAGACCAUACGACGACAGCUAUCUCCACAAUGAGUGGUCGUAUAACUACAGUACAAGAGGAUGAAGAGCAUAACGCUGACGAUGUAGUCAGACCUGUGUGUGAUAUCAAUGAUGGACAACAAGGGCAGCAUAAUUUGACGGAACUAGGGUAGCCGUUUUCCUCACAUGCGUUUUCCUAGGUUAGGUUUGGAGGUUAUAGUCUGGUG